UUUAGCCUAGCAGGAAACACCGAGGCACCACCGUAGCAGGGAAAGAAAGCAGGCGACCGAGGUUUAGUUUUAACCGGUCAUCAGAUGUGAGAUUUCCUCUGCAAAUACGUUGUCGCUUGGAUCCUGGGAGUACUCGCUUUCGGCCUGCUCACAUUUUCAUUGACUUGAUAAGACGAGAGAAUUCGUAGUGAACUAAAUAGCAAGCACUGGCCGGAGGUGGAAUCUGCUUCAGCGGCUGUAGACGGUGAACAUCGGCGGAGCAACGGCCGUUUUGUAUCAGCAAGCGUCAGUGGGCCUGCAGGCUCCACGUUGGUGCUGAGACAGGAUGAAAAGGUUCAGGCGACAUGGCCAGGAGUCCCAGAGGGAUCGACUGAAACAAGAGCUCUUCCAGUUUAAUAAGACAGUAGAACAUGGAUUCCCCCACCAGCCCAGUGCCCUGGGCUACAGUCCCUCCCUGCAGCUGCUUGCCAUUGGCACCCGCUCUGGCGCCAUCAAACUUUACGGAGCUCCAGGUGUGGAGUUCAUGGGUCUACAUGACGAGAAUGCUGCCGUCACACAGGUGCACUUUAUGCCCCACCAGGUUGAACUGGUGACUUUGCUGGAUGACAACAGUCUGCACAUGUGGACUUUAAGAGGCCACAAGGGCCUUUCUGAACUUCUGGAGAUUGGACGCUUCACGCUCACUGGACCUCCCGGUGCCCCUCCAAGUGUGACCAGAGUGACUGCAGUACUGGCUCACACCUCAGGGGAGCUGCUGCUGUUGGGGACAGAAGGAGGACAUGUGUUCAUAGUUGAAGUCCCUGGAUUCAGAGAGCUGGAAGAGCGGAAUAUCAGCCUUGACCAAGUCGCUGCUAGUGUGCCAGACGACUACAUCGGCCGCAGGAAUCUGGAACACGUAGAGGCCUUACAAGAAAACCCAAUCAACCCAAAUCAGGUUGUUAUUGGCUAUGGACGGGGUCUCAUGGUCAUCUGGGAUUUAGAGAAACGAUGUGCCAUCCAGCAUAUCCCUGCCACACAGCAACUGGAGAGUGUGUGGUGGACUGAGGACGGAAGCUACAUUCUCAGUUCACACAGCGAUGGAAGUUAUUGUCGAUGGAUGGUGGGUGGUGAGGAUGUGAAUGACGAGGAGGAAAAAUCAGACAUUCCUUAUGGACAUUUCCCUUGCAAGGCCAUUUCUAAAAUAAUUCAGCUCCCUACAGAAGAAGGGCCUCCAUUCCUGCUGUUCAGUGGUGGUAUGCCUAGAGCCAGCUACGGGGAUAGACACUGUAUCACAGUGAUCCACAGUAAGACACAUGUAGCUCUGGACUUCACCUCCAGGAUCAUCGACUUCUUUGUCAUCAGAGAUGGACUGCAGCACACAGGAGAUCCCAGUGCACUGGUGGUACUGGUGGAGGAGGAGCUGGUAGUGAUCGACUUGCAGACGGAUUGCUGGCCUGUCAUUCAGACACCUUAUCUAGUCCCCCUCCACAGCUCCGCGAUCACCUGCUCCCACCACGUCUCUGCCAUACCCCUUAAAUUGUGGGAGAGGGUCAUCGCUGCUGGAGAGCUGCAGAAUACACACUACUCUAAAAAGCCAUGGCCAAUAACAGGUGGUCAGAACCUGGCUCCAGAUCCUCCACAGAGAGACCUGCUGCUCACAGGGCAUGAGGAUGGAACAGUGCAUUUCUGGGAUGCAUCUGGAGUCUGUCUGUAUCCCUUGUAUAAGCUGAGCACAGCUGGAGUGUUCCACACAGAUGCAGAUCCCAACGACAACAUGAACCAAGGGGCCGAAGGAGAGUGGCCGCCAUUCAGAAAGGUUGGCUGUUUUGACCCUUACAGUGACGACCCAAGGCUUGGCAUUCAGAAGAUCCAUCUCUGUAAAUAUAGUGGUUAUCUGACUGUAGCUGGCACGGCAGGACAGAUCCUGGUGCUGGAGCUGAAUGAUGAGGCAGCAGAACAGACAGUGGAGGCUAAAGUUGUAGACUUGCUACAGGGCCAAGAGGGAUUCCGAUGGAAGGGUCACACUCGACUCGAUGUGCGUGAGGAGCCAGUGUUGUUUCCUCCAGGCUUCCAGCCCUUUGCUCUGGUCCAGUGCCAACCUCCUGCUGUGGUCACUGCCCUCACACUGCACUCAGAGUGGAAGCUGGUAGCAUUUGGCACCAGCCACGGCUUUGGGUUAUAUGAUUAUCAGCAGAAGAACACCGUCCUCAUCAAGUGCACACUAAACCCCAGUGACCAGCUGGCCAUGGAAGGUCCUCUGUCAAGAGUAAAGAGUAUAAAGAAAUCCCUCCGACAGUCCUUUAGGAGAAUCAGACGCAGCAGAGUCUCUCUAAGAAAACAUCACGUCAACAACACUGCCAAGCUCCAGGAGGCUAAUGCUCGUUUAGAGGCUGAACUUGCAGAGAUGGAGCUGGCUCCCGUCCAAAGGAAAAUUGAAGCUCGCUCCUCAGAUGACUCCUUCACCGGCCUUGUACGGACGCUCUACUUUGCUGAUACCUUCCUCUCAGACAGUUCACAUAAUACACCCUCCCUAUGGGCAGGAACCAAUGGUGGCUGUGUUUUUGCAUACAUGCUCCGCCUUCCUCCUGUUGAGCACAGAGCGGAUGAACCUGUCACCGCACAGCCAGCCAAGGAGAUCCAGCUGAUGCACCGUGCCCCUGUUGUCGGUAUCGUGGUGUUGGAUGGUCAUGGGGCUCCUCUACCUGAGCCACUGGAGGUGGCCCAUGACCUGGCUCGCUCGCCUGACAUGCAGGGCUCACACCAGCUCCUGGUCAUAUCUGAGGAACAGUUCAAGGUUUUCACCCUGCCAAAGGUGAGUGCUAAAAUGAAGUUGAAGCUGACAGCUGUGGAUGGCUCCCGAGUACGGAGGGUAGGCGUGGCCUGGUUCUGCAGCAGUCGGACGGAGGACUAUGGUGAGAGCGGCCUUGUGGUUCUGACAAAUCAGGGCGAUGUACAUGUGGUGUCGCUGCCACAUGUCAAGAUGCAGGUUCAGUAUCCUUGCAUCCGCCGAGAGGACGUCAGCGGCAUCGCCUCCUGUGUUUUCACAAAGCACGGCCAGGGUUUCUACCUGAUCUCUCCAUCAGAGUUUGAACGGUUCUCACUGUCCACCUGCUACCUAGUCGAGCCUCGCUGUCUGGUGGAGGCUCCUCUUCAUUCUGGCUCCUCCAGCCAACGUCGGUCACAGCCUGAUGGAGCUUCGUCCACUCAUAGGACCAGACAAGACAGUGAGGAUGCAGAAAGUGCAGCUAGACGUGUUAUGGAGCAUGCUUUGCUGAAUGACGAGAAAGUACUUCAGGAGAUUCAGAAGUCACUAGAAGGAGACCAGACGUCAUUCCUGGAGAAUAAUGUGAAGAGUGCUGUAGCUUGAGGGGCAUCCGGUGUCGGCAGAGAGAACGGAGAUGUUGAUGUGUAUGAAGCAUACUGUAGUCCUGCAGCAGCGUUUGCCAGCUGCUCAGCUAACAUAACCACUACUGACCCCUCGCCUCUGUGUGCGACUACCCCCACCCCACCCCACCCCACCCCACCCCAUAGAGAGACACUAAAGGGCUCUUGGUAGUAGCGCUCUCUGGAGCUCCACGAAGCUGCUGAAGACUUGUGGAGCAGACAGUUUGAAGGAGGAGACGCCACCUGUGCCUAUAAGGACCACACUGUCGCCACAGCAUGGUCACGCAUCCCAUUUAACACAAAGCUACAUGAAGCACAUUCCUGACAUUGGACUAAUGCCAUACUUCAUUAAGCCAGCAUCCUAUGACUGCCAUAGAUGCCUCUUGUUGAAGCAGAAUUAAAUACCCUCAUCAUUCUGAAAGCCUUCAUUACCACCAGCCUGGGAACGAUUUGUACAAUCACCAUCCUCUGUGGGGCAUCUCACCAGUCUUCAUCUCCUCAUGUGGACAUUAAGCUGGAAGAAAUGCAGGGAAUGCUUUAAAUAAUGUUGAUGAAAAUGUUUUGUUGUUUAAAGGUGAUAGACUGACUUUAUUAAUCCCCAGAGAGAAAUUCUGUGAUGUGGUUCGUGCCUGUUUUCUGAAACCUCACAUUUAACGUACAGAGGCCCAUUUCUGCCAUUAAAUGAAAAAAUAGAUGAAAAGGUAAGAGUGACUUAAAAAAUCUAAACUACUCACUCUCAGUACAAAUUAUGAGAUACUAGAUUAAAGUUGAGGUGAAAUCAAAAUGUUAUACACUAAUACACUGUCUUUUUGAGUUAAGUUAAUCCCAAGUGAUCGAUUCAGACAAAAAGAUCAAUUUUUUUUUGCUUCAUUGUUUUUGAACUUUAAAAUCAUUAAACAGUAAGUAAAAUUUUUUAGUAAUUUUGACUUAGUACCUUAAUUUUACCUCAUAGUUUUUAGUCAAACAUGAUAAAAAUUCAAAGUUAUUAAUUUAAGCAUUGUGUUAUGUCAUUUUUUUAGGACUCAUGUACCUUCCAUAAAGCAUGUUAAGUCAUUGCUUGUAUUUAAAUAUUUUGACCUAAUUUUUUAUUUUAAUUUUAACUCUGCUCAUAAUUUUUACAUGCAUGCAGGUUUUCAAUAUUUAUUUAAUCCCAUACUUCCUACUCAACUAUGUUUUGCUUACUGGUAUUGUAAUUUUUGACUCGUCAUAACUUUGCCUUCCAGUCAAACUUUACUCUUAAAAGCUGACAUUUUAUCUUUCUUUUUUUUCUUUAAAUUUUGACUUAAAUGAGCUACUCAUUCAGAUGAACAAUCAAGGGAAAAUCGUUGGUGAUGCCCCAGACAGAAAAACAAGACAAGGAAGUUGUUUUUUGUAUGUUUGAAUCACACUGAUGUUAACUUUUGUUGUUGUUAUGUACUAAUUUUUUACUAGCAUUACACACUGUAUUGUGCCCCUGUACACUGCUAGCACAGCCCAGUCGCCACAAUCCACUCUAAGAUAAACCGGCCAUAGGUACUUCUGCACUACUGCAGAGCUCACAAUGCUGUAAGUUUUGGGGGGGGGUUGGCUUUUGUAUUUUCUUUGUUUUUUUUAAACAAUGUUUUUUGUAAACCUGUUUUUAUGCCAGCAAUGAAUAAUGUAAUUUAGGAAUGUAAUUGUAAACUAUUGUAGUGAAAUUUUUUUAAUAUAUAUAUAUAUAUAGAGAGAGAGAGAGAGAAAGAGUAUGUAUGUGACUCUGUACCUGGGGCCUGUUUUAAUUGGGGUUGGCUGCUAUUUAGACCACACAAGGAAAUAUUUUGGUACUGUCUCAGUAUGCUGGGUAUUUUAGCAUCAGUGUAGAAUAUAUUUUUGUAGUGAACUGAUUGCCCUAAAUGUUUUUGUUUGCAAGUAGCUUCACACUACAGGAUAAUUAUUACAUGUCUUUCCCAAAAAUGAAUGUCUGGUUUUAUUUUCUUGCCACACUGGCAUCUAUUUUAUAAGCUUAUGGUUUUCUACGUAAUUUAUCUCUGCUGUGCUGCAAAGAAAUUCUUGAGAGUAUGGCAGUUUUUCCACCUCUGUAUGCUGCACUGAAAUGGAAAAGAAAGCAUAACGUUUAGACUCUCUACCCUGCAUUUUAGCCUGACUAAUGAUAUUCCAAAGCUCCAUGCUCUUUUUCAGUCUCUCUUCUUCUUCCAGAAGCCCAGCUAUAAUCUUGGUCUUUGUGAGCCGCAAUGGCCGGUCCGUCUCUGAAGUGGAUAAAGGAGGCAUCAGUUGUCAUACAUGCACAGCCAAGAGUUUUUAUCAUCCAUUAUAGAAUGAGUCGCUUUGUCUGCUAAUUGCCUCGAGCCACGAUGACUCCUUUGCAACCUGAGCUGCCUAACGACCUGGCUGAGACCUCAGAAGCUAACAGCGGCUGCUCUGUCAGUAGAUGACCAUGCAAGAUGAGUCUGCCAUUUGCAGCUUGAAGAUGUUAAAUGGGCUUUAUAAUGGUGGCUGGAUCCCACAAGGCUGGAUCCCUGGGAGCCUCAGGUUAGGAUUAAUGAGUGGUCCUUUUUUUUUUCCCUUCAGGUCACAGUUUGAUAGUUUGAGUUUUGCAAAAUUGUUUCUUCUGAUAGAAAAUUACUGCUAGAUGCACUCAUUCUGGUGUAGCAUGUUUGUUUGAGAUAAUACCUGAUGAGGGCCCAUCCCUAAAAUAGAAACAGGAGCGAAAAGUAUAGACUAUAGUGGAGUAACACAUCUUGCUUUUUUUUUUUUUGUCGUAUUCCAUGGUGCUGGAUUGGAAAAGAAACCUCUGAGUUUAAGUGCAGCCUUCAAAACUUUUUAAAUGUUUUUAAAUCUACAUCAGAUUAACAGCGUACAAGUUUAAUCCCCUCUUCUGCAUAUAUGACCAAUCAAAAAUGAUCAAAAUAAACACACAAACGUUGAGAUACUUAUUCUUAAAUGGAACAUCAAAUUCAGUAGUUUGUUCCAGAGAUGUGACAUACGUUUAUUAGUCUAUUGACAUCGGUAUUUAAUUACUGUUAAAUUAUUCAAUGUUGUUAGACAUACUAUUUACUUUAUUGCAUUUACUUGGUGUGGCAAUACAUUUUUUUCCACUAAAUACACAAUCUUUGAAAUAUGCGCUAAGCAGCAUUACAUAAAUCAGUCACAGUAGCAGUCGAAAGCUUGGACGCACUUUUUCUCCUUUAUUUUUUUCUAGUUUGUACAGUGUACAACAAACCUUUUGACGUCACUGUUAAAUAAAAAAUAUGGAAUUGUAAACAAAAAAGUGCAAGGAAACGACACUUGUUUUAAAUAUUAGGAUAUAGUAAUAGUAGCAACUAUUGGUCUUGGCAGCUUUGCAUACUGUUGGCAGUCGGUUUAUUAGCUUGAUGACUUUGUCUCCUGGAAUGGUUUUUAGUUAACAGGCCAAAAGUUAAGCAGCAGUUGUGCUGUGCUGGAGAACAGUUGGUAUACACUGAGCAGCCUUAUUCUACAACUGUAGCAAUCCAUAUUAUGUCAAGAACCAGUUCACAAAGUAAAUAGAAACACCAGCCCAUCGUUACUUGAAGAAAUGCAGAUUAAAAAAUUCAACAACUUUGAAAAUUUCAAUCAUAUUACUUUUUGUUUACUACAUAAUGCCAUAGGCCUUAUUUCAUAGCUGUUUGUUGUUUUUGGGGGGAAAUGGUAAGAAUAAAGAAAAGCCCUUAAAUGA